UAAGCUUUGCAGGACACCGGCCCUCCAGGACUGAGUCUGGGCAUACCUGCUUUACAUCAAUGAGGGUUUUAUUUGGUAAAAUGUAAUCAGCAGCAGUCACCAAAACCACAGCACAAACACGCUGAUAAUGAUAAGAGUUAAAUAAAACGACACACAGCGGAACCUUCAGCACCGCCGCGGCUGCACACCGGAAGGAUUUUAACGCUGCGCUCUACACAUACAUGGACGCGGAGCCGAGGGCUCAUCAUCAUCAUCAGGAUGUCGUCAGUAAUCUCUCAGGGGUUUCAGAGCAGUAAGCAGGAGUUCAGCUUCGGGCCGUGGAUCAUCAGCGCCACCAAAACACACAUCAUGAAGUCUAAAGACAUCGAGAGGCUGGCGGAGGCGAUGCAGAUGCCGGCUCUCCCAGAGAUGCUAUUUGGUGAUAAUGUGCUGCGGAUUUGGCACAGCGACGGCUUCGGCAUCGAGUUCAACGCCAUCGACGCUCUGAGACGUGUCAAUAACCUGCAGGAGUCGGUGAAGGUGGCCUGCGCUCAGGAGUGGCAGGACAGCAGGGCUCAGUCUGAGCACUCUACAGAGGCGGUGAAGCGCUAUGACUGGACCUACACCACCGACUACAGGGGAACGCUGAUCGGAGAACAGACACAGAUGAAGGUUUCUCCCACCGCCGAGCGCAUCGACAUGGAGAAGCUGAAGGCCAGAGAGCAGAUCAAGUUCUUCGAGGACGUGCUGCUGUUUGAGGACGAGCUGCAUGAUCACGGCGUGUCCAUGAUCAGCGUGAAGAUCAGGGUGAUGCCCAGCAGCUUCUUCCUCCUGCUGCGGUUCUUCCUUCGAGUGGACGGAGUGCUGAUACGCAUCAACGACACACGCCUGUACCACGAGGCUGGGAAGAAGCACAUGCUGCGAGAGUUCAGCACACGCGAGAGCAACAUGGCAGAUCUGCAGCACAUUCCUCCAGCGGUUUACACCGACCCCAAUGAGAUCGCUCCACAUCUGCCGCUCAGACUCACCGAGUGCGAGAAGCUGGAGUUUCCAGAGGGAGACGCUCCUGCACACACACACACUCAGUAAAGCCAGCAUCACACACACACACACACACACACACACACACACAGAAGCAUCCGCUGCAGACUGGAUUAUGCUGUUCUGGUUGAUCUGUUCGUCUUAAUCUUCUACAGACACUAACCCCUCUCACACACACACACACACACACACAGUAUAGCAGGGUCAGAAACACACUCACCCACAGAAGCCCUUGCUGAAGACUGUUCUGGUUCCUCAUACUCUUCUUCAGACACUAACCCUCAUCAUCCUCAUCUGUACUGCUGAUGUGAGAGUCGCUGAUGGACGUGUCCUCUGUUGAUUGAGAGCUGUGGCAGAUACAGCAGCGCUGCAGGAACACUGUACAUCAUAUUAAUAUCUUCAUGUGUGUAUGAGGAACUGUCGCUCCUCUGAAGUCUGCUGGGAACUGUUGUGCUCGAUCAGGACCGGUGUUAGUACACGGUUUCCGCCCGGUGGGGUUUGAGCGCGACACCAGUGUGUGCACGUGUGUUUGUGCUGCAACCGGUGAGUAACAGCAGUGUGUGUGUGAGAGAUUUUUACUGUAUCAACUGUGUUCAGUGAUGUUCAUCAUGUGUGUCUGCGGUCUGUCCGGGGCUGAUGAGGAGCUCUACAGGGCGGAGUGUGCGCAUUACCCUGUCCUGAGCGCGUGCACACUGAGCUCAAGUACACUCGCGAGGCUUCAUCAGAGCUCCUCCAUCAGCACCUCAGCUCUUGUACCGGGGCUGUGUGUAGUUUCAGAGAUUGUAAAUUAAAUAAAAGUGUUUUUUAAAGUAA